GACCCCUUCUUGACAGGCUUGACUUGCCGUCAACUUACGCUCCUUGAUUAUUGGUCUCUUGAGAGAUCAUAUUCCUUUCGCUCUUUUUCUCUUUCGUUUCGACGCACUCAUUUGGCAAGCUGCUAAGCACCACCCGAUCUCUGUGACGAUCACUGAACUCUGCCUGCAUACACGAUAUCUUACUAUUGUGUAUAUUGCAAACCCACAGUAGACAAAGCUUGACUUCUUACAGAGAACGAUUCUUCUUCUUAGUACUGUAUUUACAGAGAAAUUCUUGAAACUUUUUCAGUGGAUAUUCACGAUCAUUUCCUGUCCCAGUGACAGUUUCAUUUCUGCUCCGAAACAAGUCGAACAAUCGUUCAUUUUCAAGACUCACACACAAACCAUGAAAUCUACGCCAAUCAUCGCAGCGGCUUUGGCCGCCACCGCCAGGGCAGCCCAGGACGAGCGAACCUUUGCCGUGCUGCGCUUUUACGGCGACGGGCCGCUCAUGGAAGGCCGCGUCGACCCGAUCGUCUCGCCCGGAAAGACAUCGAGCCAUGUCCACACCAUCCAGGGCGGAUCCAACAUUGGCAUCAGUGCGACGGGGGAGGACCUGAUGGACUCGAACUGCAGCAGCGCUCUGGUGGAGGGCGACAACAGCGCCUACUGGUUCCCCAAGCUUUAUUUCUAUGACAGCGACAACGAUACGGUUGAGCCUGUGGAUUUGUACUAUGCCAACAUCUACUACUUUUUUGAACCCACCGAUGACGAUGUCGUCGCAUUCCCUGUGGGACUGCAGAUGACCAGCGGAAAUGCCAGUCUUCGAGAGUGCCCCAACUUCUACGGAUCUCUUCAGCUCGAUUCGGGCAACUCUUCUGGUAUUCAACCAACACAGUGGACAUGCCCACGGUCGAGCUACGAGCCUGCGUCCUGGGAGUGGGCUUCUGUGUCGGAUGGCUCGACGGCAGGUAUUCAGGACCAAGGCAACCAAGGAGCUGGCCAGGGUUUCCCAUUCGCCGAGUGUGAUGGCCUCUAUUCACCUCUACGCCAGGAUCUUCACUUCCCGUCCUGCUACGACCCAUCCAAGAGCCUGACCGACUACGAGAACAACAUGGUCUUCCC